AUGGCUGAGGAUGAGGUGGCAGCCCUCCGUGAGCAGGUGGAAUCCUUGCUCAAGGAGCGCACGCAAUGGCUGGCAGAGCGCGAGCGCAUGCGCGAGGAGAUUGAGGUGCUACAGAGUCGGCUUCAGAAGUUGGCACAAGCUCCUCCGGAGGUGGCUGCGGAAGCUGCUGCACCUGCGGAGGGGUCCGGGGACAUCGUGGAUGAGAUGCUUCGAUCUCCGCAGGACGAGGCAUUGCAGCUACGCGGCAUCGAGACCCUCUUUGCGCAACAGACGCAGGCCGGUGCAGCCAGCGAGGACGCAUCGCCGGCGAUGAGGCGAAGCCUUGAG